CCUCCAAGCUAUCCUUGCAUAGCAACACCAUCAGCAGCAACAACGCCAAGAUGGUCAAGUCCCGAGUUUCGAGGGGUAUCCUCCUCACCAACAACCUGCCCCAGCUGCAGAACCUCAUCAAGCGUGACCCCGUCGCGUACAAGGAGGAGUUCAUGGUCCAGUACAACCACUAUGUCUCCCUGCUUCGCCUCCAGACUGUCGCUCCCGCCGCCGGAUCGUCGUCGACCUCGAACGAGAAGUCGACCGAGCUCUUCGGCGAGCUCAUCACGUUCGUGAGCCAGUGCGCGACUUGCUACCCGACCAUCACCAAGGAGCUCCCGCAGCAGCUCCGAGCUCUCCUCCUCGGCACUGAGGGUGUCAUGGCCUUGACUGGUGACCUCCGCGAGACGGCCGUCCGUAACCUUGUCAUGCUCCGCAACAAGGACGUUAUCGACUCUGUCGAGCUUCUCCAGACUCUCCUCCCCCUCCUCCCCCAGGUGUCCAAGGACCUCCGUUCGACGAUCAGGAGCACCAUCCUGACUGACAUCAAGACGUCCAACCAGCGCACCAAGAACCACCGCCUUAACCGCAUCGUGCAGGGCCUGCUGUUCGGCAUGAUCGAGAGCGGCAUGGGCGCCGAGGUCGUUGGAAACAAGGGCAAGGGCAAGGGCAAGGAGCAGGGUGGUGAGGCCAUGUGGGCCGUCAUGAUGGUUCGCGAGCUCUGGCGCAAGGGUGUCUGGACCGACGCCAAGACCGUCUCCAUUGCGGCCCUGGCUGUGUUCCACCCCAACACCAAGGUCCAGUCGGCGGCUAUUCACUUCUUCCUGGGAUCGGACACCGAUGCUGAUCGCGAGGACGACUCGAGUGACGAGGAGGACGCGGUUGUUACCAGCCGGCGCAACGUCAAGGGCAUGGAGCACAAGAUGGGAGUUGGCAAGCACGGCAGGAAGCAGCAGCGUCAGCUGGAGAAGCUGAAGAGCGGCCUCAGCAAGAAGAGGAAAGAGAAGGCGGCCGCCAUCUCGGUCAACUUCCCGGCCUUGGAGUUGUUGAACGACCCCCAGACGUUUGGCGAGAAGCUCUACGACAACUUGAGCCGCUAUGACAAGCAGUACACGCUCGAGCACAAGGUUCUCAUCAUGCAGCUCCUCUCGCGUGUCAUGGGCGCCCACAAGCUCUGCGUUCUCGGCUUCUACAGCUACGUCAUCAAGUACCUCACGUACCACCAACUCCAGGUUACGCUCAUCCUGGUCGCCCUCGCUCAGUCGGUGCACGAGCUCACGCCUCCCGACGUCCUCACUCCGGUUAUUCGCAAGCUCGCUCAGGAGUUUGUCCACCCCGGUGUCGGCGCCGAGGUCAUCGCUGCGGGUAUCAACUCGAUCCGCGAAGUGUGUCGUCGUCAGCCCUGGUGUAUGGAGGAGGACCUGCUUAGCGACCUGAUCGAGUACAAGAAGUCCAAGGACAAGGGCGUUGCCACUGCCGCUGGUGGUCUGCUGUCUCUCUUCCGUGAAGUCAACCCUGGAAUGCUCAAGCGUCGCGACAGGGGCAAGACGGCCAGCAUGGGCCUCAUCGAUGGCCAGGUGCCUGAGUUUGGCCGCACCAAGGAGGUUGCCGACGGCAUCGACGGCCUUGAGCUCCUGGAGGAGCACUUCAAGAGCAUGCGCAAGGAGGCCAACGGCGGUGUCAGCGACGACGAGGAGCUCGAGCUCGACGAGGACGAUGAGGCUGGCUGGGACAACUGGGAUGUCGAGUCGGAGGACGACUCUGACUCGGACGAGUGGAACGACGUUUCGUCCGACGGCGAGGACUUUGAGAUCAGCGACUCGGAGGAUGAGGACGACAAGCCCAAGGCCAAGAAGGCGCGCCUUUCCAAGAAGGCCGAUGCCGACGAGGACGAGGACGAUGACGCCAAAUCUGUUGUUUCCACCGCCACCUCGACUGCCACCGAGGUGCGGAAGAUUUCGCUUCUGGCACAGCAGAAGAUCCUCACUCCUGCCGACUUUGCCCUACUCAACGAGCUCAAGCUCAAGGCUGCUCAGAACGCAGUCGAGCAGGGUGGUGGCUCUGCGGCCAAGCGCAAGCUUGCUGCUCUCGAGGCGUCCAAGCGCAGCGUUGGCGAGGACGAGCAGAACCGCUUCCUUACCGAGAGCGAGAUUCUUGGCGCUCGCAAGAGGACCAAGCAGGACUACGAGGAGCGCAUGGAGAGCAUCCGCAAGGGCCGCGAGGGCCGCGAGAAGUUCGGCUCGCUGAAGGGCAAGAAGAUGAAGGACGCCCCAAGCUCGUCUACCAACCGCGAGAAGGCGAGGAACAAGCCAUUGAUGAUGGCCAUUCACUCCAACAAGGUUGUGCAGAAGAAGAAGGCCUCGCUGCGCGACAAGCAGAUGCGUCUUCGUGCUGCCGUCGAGAAGCAGAAGAAGUCAAAGUUCUAGUCGGGGAGGCUCUUGCGUCUUGUUGCUGCAUCCAUAUGUUUCAUUCCUGUAAUCUCUAUGCAUUUUUCAAUUGGC